AAUCUCCCAUCGGCUGGUCACACCGCGGAAUAUGACCAAAACGUGGGGUUGAAAAACCUUUAAACGAAACUGUGCCAAUUCAACAAUUAAACCGCAAAGAUUGCAAAAUUUCGCGGUUACCUCGAUGUCAGCUCUUAUUUAUCAAACCCAUUAACCGAAUUCCGCGUGCUGCACGUCGAAAUAUUAGUUCAAAUCCCGAUUGCAUGUGCGAAAAAAGCAGUUGCAGCUGCGGCAGUGAGUGUGGUGGUAGUGCGAGCGAGAUAGCCAGCUGACGAACAGCGGAGCAAAACAAAAUAACGCUAACCGGCAACGGCGAAAAAAGGAACAGCAGAAGCAAAAGUCAAGGGAAGAUAAGCCCUGCCGCCGCAUACAAUUGAAAAAUACACUUAAAUAAACAUACUCUGACGGGAAUCACCCACACAUUAGCCAGCGAGCGGAGGCACACCCACAAAUACACUUGCCUCGUUUAAUCAAUUAACGGGACAACGGCCAGAGAGAUUCCCAGUUCCAGUCCGUUUCCAAGCGUCGCGUGCGUAGAUUGUGUCACCGCCGAGAGCUCCGUCGCUCACUCCAGGAUAAGGAUAGCAAACUAAUACCAUACCAUGGCCAUCUCCGAUGAACUGCAGUCGCCCUCGAGCGAAAUGGUGCUCCUUACACCGAGUUCCGGAAACCCACCAUCCAGCAUAGUGCCCUCCAGCAACGGCAUUAAUCUGUCUAAUCAGCCCCCCGAACCGUCACAAAAUCGCGAAGGAUCUGCUGAAUCGGACAGCAGUCGUGUGGUGAUCAAGAAGCAACUGGGUCUGCUGGAAGGCGUGGCCAUCAUUCUGGGCAUUAUCUUUGGAUCCGGGAUCUUCGUUUCGCCCAAGGGUGUGAUUAUGGAGGUGGAAUCCGUGGGCACAUCGCUAGUCAUCUGGGUUCUCUGCGGUCUGCUGUCCAUGAUUGGAGCUCUGUGCUACGCAGAACUGGGCACUGCGAUACCCAAGUCUGGUGGGGAUUAUGCCUAUAUAUUCGAGGCGUACGGAUCGUUGCCGGCGUUUCUAUAUCUAUGGGAUGCUAUGAUGAUAUUUGUACCCACAACCAAUGCGAUUAUGGGCCUGACCUUUGCCUCGUAUGUACUGGAGCCCUUCUUCGGCGGCGCCUGUCACAUACCCAAGGCGGCCCUGCAGCUGCUGGCCGGCAUAACGAUCUGCUUUCUCACCUACCUGAACUCUUACUACAUGAAAGUGACCACUAAGAUGCAGAACAUUAUCAUGUUCACCAAAAUCGCCGCCCUGGUGAUGAUCAUUAUCGUGGGCCUGGUCUGGAUGUUCAUGGGCAAUGUGGAGAACUUUGAGCGACCGUUCGAGAAUACAGAGACUGAUCCCGGCAAACUGUCAGUGGCCUUUUACUCCGGCAUCUUUUCCUAUGCCGGCUGGAAUUAUCUGAACUUUAUGACCGAGGAACUAAGGGAUCCGUACCGCAAUCUGCCGCGCGCCAUUUACAUCUCGCUGCCUCUGGUCACCGGGAUCUAUGUGCUUGCCAACAUGGCCUAUCUGGCGGUGCUGUCGCCCAGCGAGAUGAUAGCCUCUAAUGCCAUCGCUGUGACCUUUGGGGAUAAAAUUCUCGGCGCCUUCUCAUUGGUCAUCCCCAUCAUGGUCGCCAUAUCGGCCUUUGGCGGCCUCUCCGUCCAUAUCAUGACCUCCUCCCGCAUUUGCUUUGUGGGUGCUCGCAAUGGACAUAUGCCGGCUAUACUGUCACACAUCAGCGUGAAGAGCUACACCCCGCUGCCUUCGCUCGUGUUUCUGUGCUUCCUCUCUAUUGUGAUGCUAGUGGUGAGCGAUGUGUAUGUGCUGAUCACCUACGCCAGCAUUGUGGAAUCGUUCUUUAUCAUGCUGUCGGUGUCGGCGGUGCUAUAUUUCCGUUACACCCGACCCAGCAUGGAUCGGCCCAUUAAGGUCGCCGUGUGGAUACCCGCCCUAUUCGUCAUCGUAUGCGCCUUCUUGGUCGUCGUACCCAUCUAUGUGGCGCCCUACGAGGUCGGCAUGGGGGUACUAAUAACCCUAAUUGGCAUACCUUUCUACUACUGCGGCGUCGUGUGGAAGAAUAAGCCCGAAUGGGUGCAGCAGGCGAUUGACUCGAUGACCUUUACUUGCCAGAAGCUCUUCAUGUCCGCCAAAGAGGAGAAGCAGGACUAAGCUGCCUACCGCAUUAACCAAAAGCACAAAACAAAAACAAAAAAGGAAACAUCACUCUGACUUGCCAGCUAUCAAAUCUCUCUCUACACUUAAAUCUCUAUUGAUGGUUAAAGGACUACUUGGACUCGUUGAACCUGGAAACCAAAAACACAAAACAUAAAGCGAAAAAGAAAAUAGGGACAGGAGCAGGAAGUCAAUUCUACUUCAUAUUUCUAUAUAUAUUUAUAAAUCAUGACAAACAAACGUUGACCUAAAGUGCAAACUCAUCGAAUAGUAGUUGUUAGUUUUGAGUAAACCCUCUUUAGCAUUUUGUAUCAUUUGAUUUGCAUUAAUUUUGUAAAUUCGAAACCAAAGUAAGCCAUAACUGUUGCCAAAGCUGUAAAUUGGCCAUUUUAAGCUCCAAAAUUUGUUACAUAUUUUUUAGAAAAGUCAUACAUCAUCAUUUAUUAUUAUUAUU